AUGGUUCUCCCCAAAGCGCGGUACCGCAUCUUUCCACCUCCUGGUGCUCAGCAGUUCUGCUUUCUCCUCUCUACCCGCGCCGGCGGUCUGGGCAUAAACCUUGCUACAGCCGACACAGUCAUUAUUUAUGAUUCUGACUGGAAUCCCCACAAUGACAUCCAGGCGUUCAGCAGAGCUCACCGCAUCGGGCAGAACAAGAAGGUGAUGAUCUACCGCUUCGUGACCAGAGCCUCUGUGGAAGAGCGCAUCACGCAGGUGGCCAAAAGGAAGAUGAUGCUCACCCACCUGGUCGUCCGCCCGGGGCUCGGCUCCAAGUCGGGCUCCAUGACCAAGCAAGAGCUGGAUGACAUCCUCAAGUUUGGGACAGAAGAGCUCUUCAAGGACGAUGUGGAAGGUGACAAUAAGGAUGUGGAUGACAGCAGUGUGAUCCACUACGACGACGCUGCCAUCUCUAAGCUGCUGGACCGAAACCAGGAUGCGACUGAUGACACGGAGCUGCAGAACAUGAACGAGUAUCUCAGCUCCUUUAAAGUGGCCCAGUAUGUUGUGAGAGAAGAGGACGGUGAGGAGGUGGAACGUGAGAUCAUCAAGCAAGAGGAGAAUGUGGACCCCGACUACUGGGAGAAGCUGCUGCGGCACCACUAUGAGCAGCAGCAGGAAGAUCUGGCCAGGAACCUGGGGAAAGGGAAGAGGAUCCGCAAGCAGGUCAACUACAACGACGCCUCGCAGGAGGACCAAGAGUGGCAGGACGAGCUCUCUGACAACCAGUCGGAGUACUCCAUUGGCUCCGAGGAUGAGGAUGAAGACUUUGAAGAGAGGCCGGAAGGUGGCAGAAGACAAUCCCGGAGACAGCUGAAGAGUGACCGGGACAAGCCUCUCCCUCCUUUGCUGGCAAGAGUUGGGGGGAAUAUCGAGGUUCUCGGCUUCAACGCCCGGCAGCGCAAGGCUUUCCUGAACGCUAUCAUGCGCUGGGGCAUGCCGCCCCAGGACGCCUUCAACUCUCACUGGCUGGUCCGGGAUCUGCGAGGGAAGAGUGAGAAGGAGUUCAGGGCGUACGUCUCUCUCUUCAUGAGACACUUGUGUGAGCCUGGGGCAGACGGUGCCGAAACCUUUGCGGACGGCGUUCCCCGGGAAGGGCUGUCGCGCCAGCACGUGCUGACUCGGAUAGGAGUCAUGUCACUAGUAAGGAAGAAGGUCCAGGAGUUCGAGCACGUCAAUGGGAAGUACAGCACCCCGGAUCUGAUUCUCGAGGGCCCAGAGAGCAAGAAGUCCAGCGAGAUUGUGUCUUCAGACCCCAACACCCCCAUCCCGGCCAGCCCGGCACAUGUGCCCGCAGGCCCCGUGGCCCUUGCAGACAAAAUAGAAACACAACUGGGGUUCCCGGAGGAAAGGGACCAAGUGGAGCAGAAGCCCAGGAAGGUGUCUGACGGCCAGGUGCCUGCGAGUGCUGAGAAAGCGGAAAGCGAAGAGCACCCGGAAAGCUGCGACGGCAGGGAGAAACCGAGGGAAGAGAAGCAAGAGGAGAGCGAAAAGGCUGAGCCUUCUCCCGAGCCCCUGGUGAAAGAUGAGGGGAUUCAAGAGAAAGAGAAGCCUUUGGAGAAGCCGGAGCUGAACAGCAGCCCAGGGAAAGGGGAGGACAAAGAAGUCAAACCAGGUGAGGCGGAGGAGGCUUUGGGGCGAGAAGUGGUGCGAAGGGUCUCCAAAGCAAGGCGGGUGCCUGGCGCGGAGACGAGGGACCGUGUCGAGGACGCCAAGGCGGAGGAGAAGGAGGAAAGCGAGGCUCAGCAGAACGGUGACAAAGAGGAAGAGGAGGAUGGGAAGAAGGAUGACAGAAACAUGAACUUCCGAUUCAUGUUCAACAUUGCAGACGGCGGCUUUACAG